GAAAUGAGUGAGCACUUCCGGCGGCCAUCCCCGCGCCCGUAACAUCCCGGCGGUACCGCUGUCCGCGUCUUCCCGCCGUCAUGAAGGACGUACCCGGCUUCUUACAGCAGAGCCAGAGUUCCGGGCCCGGCCAAGCCGCCGUAUGGCACCGUCUGGAGGAGCUCUACACGAAGAAGUUGUGGCAUCAACUGACACUUCAGGUUCUUGAUUUUGUGCAAGACCCAUGUUUUGCCCAAGGAGAUGGUCUCAUUAAGCUCUAUGAAAAUUUCAUCAGUGAAUUUGAACACAGGGUGAAUCCUUUGUCCCUGGUAGAAAUCAUUCUUCAUGUAGUUAGACAGAUGACUGAUCCUAAUGUGGCUCUUACGUUUUUGGAAAAGACUCGUGAGAAGGUGAAAAGCAGUGAUGAGGCGGUGAUCCUGUGUAAAACUGCAAUUGGAGCUCUGAAAUUAAACAUUGGGGACCUACAAGUUACAAAGGAAACAAUCGAAGAUGUGGAAGAAAUGCUCAACAGCCUUCCUGGUGUGACGUCUGUUCACAGUCGUUUCUACGACCUCUCCAGUAAAUACUAUCAAACCACUGGAAACCACGCCUCCUACUACAAAGAUGCUCUCCGGUUUCUGGGCUGCGUGGACAUCAAGGAUCUGCCAGUGUCCGAGCAGCAGGAGAGAGCUUUCACGCUGGGACUGGCAGGACUUCUCGGCGAGGGAGUUUUUAACUUUGGAGAACUCCUCAUGCACCCGGUACUGGAAUCGCUGAGGAACACUGACCGACAGUGGCUGAUUGACACCCUUUACGCCUUUAACAGCGGCAAUGUGGAGAGGUUCCAGAUUUUAAAGACCGCAUGGGGCCAGCAGCCUGAUUUAGCAGCCAACGAAGCCCAGCUUCUGAGGAAGAUUCAGUUGCUGUGCCUCAUGGAGAUGACUUUCACACGACCUGCCAAUCAUAGACAACUCACUUUUGAAGAAAUUGCCAAAAGCGCUAAAAUCACCGUGAACGAGGUGGAGUUGCUGGUGAUGAAGGCGCUCUCAGUGGGGCUGGUGAAAGGCAGCAUUGACGAGGUGGAUAAGCGCGUUCACAUGACCUGGGUGCAGCCCCGCGUGUUGGAUUUACAACAGAUCAAGGGGAUGAAGGACCGUCUGGAGUUCUGGUGCACCGACGUGAAGAGCAUGGAGAUGCUGGUGGAGCACCAGGCCCACGACAUCCUCACCUAGUCUCCUGGUCCUGACCUGUCUGUGGAGACGUGUUUCAUGGCCGAUGAAUCUGGCAGUUGAGAAGAUCUGAGUUCGGUUGGGGGUGGGGGUUGGGAUUCAGUCUGGAGUAGAGACUGUUCUUCUUGUUCUGAAAGCAGGACCGUCAUUUAUGGGGGGGCCCAGCCACAGCCAGAAGCCUCCUUUGUGGAUGUCACUGUAGCCUGCAGUGGGAAGGGGUCACUGGGUCUCGGGUGAUGAGGCAGGCAGAAGUGUGUGGGUGCCCCUAGGAGUCAGAAGGAGUAGCCCUAGUGUGGAGAGUGCCCACUCCAGGGCUGGUCUCCACCGCAUCCACCUGUGUGAACAUCUUUUCCAGUGUGGUUUGAGUAUGUGUCUGUAAUAAAUGCCUUGCUCUGUGC